UGCACAAACAGAAAUUAAACUAUAAAGUAACCAGUACAAAUAAAUUAUCCCUCUUUGUAAUCUCUCUCGCUCUCUCUUCCUCUCUAAAAAAUGGUGUCGACGAGGAGAAGUGGAUCUCUCUCCAACAACAACAAGAGAUCUUCUUCGUCGGAUGAGAAGCUUCCGUCGCCGAAGCGCCAGAAGGCUGAGAAGGCCACGACUUCGGAGAAACCGACGGCGGUUGAGGAUUCCAAGGAAGUAGCGGCGCCGGUGCAGGUGGAUCCGCAGGAAUGCGUCGCAGCUGAUUCUGCCGUCGCUUCGAGAGAGGCAGUGAUUGAAGCUAAGCCUGAUGUUGCUCCCGAAGCAUCUGUGGCCACACCGGUAGCUCCAGGUACUACACCUACUGUAGGAGAGAAGCCCAAGAGUUCUUUUACUUCAUGGAAACAGAACCAGAGUACCACGAUGAGUGCCCCUUGGUGUAGGCUUCUUACGCAAAAUCAACUGAACCCAACCAUGAGCGUGUAUACAACAAACUUUCUUGUUGGGACAAGCAAUAAUGCUAAUCUUUUACUGAACGAUCAUACAAUAAGUGGAAUUCUCUGUGCAAUUAAGCUUACACAGCGUGGCAGCAGUGCCAUUGCUGUGCUUGAAAGUAAGAACGGAAAGGGAUUUGUUCAAAUUAAUGGGAAGACCAUAAGGAAAAAUGCUACUUGUGAUUUACAUUCAGGCGACGAGUUGGUCUUUGGUUUGCUGGGUGCUCAUGCUUAUAUUUUCCAGCAGCUAGUGUGUGAUGUAAUUGUUAAAACACCUUCACUAGUUGGAGGCCCAAACUUUAAAUUAGUUCAAGCUGAAAAGCGUGAGGGAGAAAUUUCAGCAGCUGGUGCUACUCUUCUUGCAACAUUGUCGAGCAUGAGACAAGAUAUAUCGCGAAUGAGGUCUACAGCUCAGAGUAUUAGUAAAACUUACCAGACUACUGAGCUUCCCUCUUCUCCAGUUCUUGAAGAAGAGCUUGAUGCCCUAGAAGUCAACUCUUCCACAAAUGCUGAUAGUGAUAGUGCUGUUGAUAUCGGAGCAACCACAAAGAUUCUUGCUUCCGACUGGAACGUAGACGGCGGCAUAGAGACAGGCACUAUGACAGAAGAAAAAGGUUGGGGGAAAGAUGUAAAGCCUUUAAAUCCUUCCGCGGCGUGUCUUAGAUAUGCAAUUCUCAAGGAUGACAUUUACAAAGGAGUCCUUGAUGGACGUGAUGUUAAGGUGUCUUUCGAUGAUUUCCCAUAUUAUUUGAGUGAAAAUACGAAAGAUGUACUUAUUGCAGCUUCUUAUAUACACCUAAAGCACAAAGAACAAGUCAAAUUUACUGCUAAACUUCCUACAAUUAAUCCGAGAAUUCUGCUUUCUGGUCCUGCAGGAUCUGAAAUAUACCAAGAGAUGUUGACAAAGGCACUUGCAAAUUAUUAUGGUGCAAAAUUGCUCAUAUUUGACAGCCACUCCAUCUUGGGGGGUUUAUCUGCAAAAGAAGCUGAACAUCAGAAAGAAGGUAAAAGCGUGGAUAAAUCAAACAACACUACUAAGCAAAAUACUGUAGCUUCUGUUGCUGCUCAGAGUUUAGGAGAUUCAUCUGCUGAGAAGGAUAUCCCUAGUACUUCUAAAGUUUCUGUUGCAAAAAGCUUGGAGUCUCAGCCGAAGAUGAAGACCGAAACUAUGCCCUCCCCCUCUGGAACAUUAAAAAACCACUCUUUUAAAACAGGGGACAAAGUUAGAUUCGUUGGUGCCGUCUCUGCGAGCUUAUAUGCUACACCAUCUCCUGCAAGGGGUCCAACAUCAGGAUACAAGGGCAAGGUUGUACUACCCUUUGAAGACAAUCCUUCAUCUAAAAUUGGUGUAAGAUUUGAUAAGCCCAUUCCUGAUGGUGUUGAUUUUGCGGGAUUGUGUGAUAGUGGCCAUGGGUACUUCUGCAAUGCCAAGGAUCUUCAUCUGGAAAGUACUGGUCGGGAUGAUCCAAACAAAUUACUCAUUAACACUUUGUUUGAGGUUGUAUUUAGCGAGAGCAGGAGUUCUCCUUUCAUUUUGUUCAUUAAAGAUGUGGAGAAGUCUGUAGUAGGAAACACCGACACGCAUUCAUUAUGCAGGAGCAAACUUGAGAGGCUUCCGGAUAAUGUUGUUGUAAUUGGUUCACAAACACAUGGCGACAAUCUCAAAGAAAAGUCCCAUCCUGGUGGUUUACUAUUUACUAAAUUCGGCAGCAGUCAAACUGCUCUUCUAGACUUGGCGUUUCCGGAUAGUUUUGGACGGUUGCAUGACAAGGGGAAGGAGGUUGCUAAAGCAACUAAGCAACUUACAAGACUCCUUCCUAAUAAAGUUACUAUUCACAUGCCUCAGGACGAGUCUCUCCUUGCGGGUUGGAAGCAACAGUUAGACCGUGAUUCUGAAACCCUCAAAAUGAAAGGAAAUCUAAAUUGUCUGCGCACCGUACUUUUUCGCUGUGGGUUGGAAUGUGAUACACUUGAAACACUAUGCAUCACAGAACAGUCACUUACAAUUGAGAGUGCUGAGAAGGUUGUGGGAUGGGCUCUGAGCCAUCAUUUAAUGCAGAAUCCUAAAGCUGACCCUGAAGCAAGGCUCGUUUUGUCGGGUGAUAGCAUUCAGUAUGGGAUUGGAAUCCUAGAGUCCGUUCAGAAUGAAUCCAAGAGCUUGAAGAAGUCACUUAAGGAUGUUGUAACUGAAAAUGAGUUUGAGAAGAAACUUCUCGCUGAGGUUAUCCCGCCCAAUGAUAUUGGAGUAACGUUUGAGGAUAUUGGAGCACUGGAAAAUGUCAAAGAUACACUAAAGGAGCUGGUGAUGCUUCCACUCCAGAGACCUGAGCUUUUUUGCAAGGGUCAAUUAACCAAGCCUUGCAAGGGUAUACUUCUAUUUGGGCCUCCUGGAACCGGAAAGACCAUGCUAGCAAAGGCUGUGGCUACGGAAGCUGGUGCAAACUUUAUCAAUAUAUCUAUGUCCAGCAUUACGUCUAAGUGGUUUGGUGAAGGUGAGAAGUACGUGAAAGCAGUGUUUACUUUAGCCAGUAAAAUUGCUCCAAGUGUUAUAUUUGUAGAUGAAGUUGAUAGCAUGUUGGGUCGAAGGGAAAAUCCUGGGGAACAUGAGGCCAUGCGUAAGAUGAAGAACGAGUUUAUGGUGAAUUGGGAUGGCUUGCGGACAAAGGAUACAGAACGAGUUCUGGUGCUAGCAGUUACAAAUAGGCCUUUUGAUCUCGAUGAGGCUGUUAUAAGAAGGCUCCCGCGUAGGUUGAUGGUUAAUUUGCCGGAUGCUCCCAACAGAGCAAAAAUUUUGAAGGUCAUACUAGCAAAAGAAGACCUGUCUGCAGACGUUGAUUUAGAUUCAGUGGCUAACAUGACUGACGGAUAUUCAGGAAGUGACCUUAAGAAUCUGUGUGUGACUGCUGCACAUCGCCCGAUUAGAGAACUUCUAGAAAGGGAGAAAAAGGAGCAAUCUGCUGCUCAAGCAGAAGGUAAACCUACUCCAGCUCUCAGUAGCAGUGCAGACAUACGUCCUUUGAACAUGGAUGACUUUAGGAAUGCCCAUGAACAGGUUUGUGCAAGUGUUUCACUAGAGUCUCAAAACAUGACAGAGCUUCAACAAUGGAAUGAAUUGUAUGGUGAAGGGGGUUCUAGAAGGAAGAAAUCUCUCAGUUACUUCAUGUAGAGGCUUUUAUAUGUACAAAUUACUAGUUUCACUACACCAUUCCCGUCUGCUAGGGCAAAAUGCCCACUGUUUGUUGUGAAGCCAUUUUGGUAUAUGUACAAUUAAGUGUAGGUCCUUUUAAGUUAUAGUUUGUAACCUCGACGAGGCAGCCCCGAGAUGGUUGGUAUGAAGGUAGAGUAGCUGUCCCCCCAUUAAUUUGGGAAUAGCCGUUCUCAACUUAGUUUUGUUUCCCCAUCUGUUGUUGUUGUUGUGAGGAUUUCUAACUAUGUUCAAGGAUUUAAGAAGAAAAGAGUAAGCAAUGUUCACUGUGCAUAAUUAUUUAUAGUCAAUUCUUUGUGGUGA